UCCUGCCAGUACUGCAAUAAAGAAUUCACCCACACGGGCAACUACACCCGGCACAUCCGCAUUCACACCGGCGAGAAGCCCUACCGCUGCCAGGAGUGCGACAAAGCGUUCUCUGACCCCGCCGCCUGCAAAGCCCAUGAGAAAACGCACAGCCUUUUGAAGCCUCACGGCUGCGACGACUGCGGGAAAAGCUACCGGCUGGUGAGUUUGCUGAAUCUGCACAAGAAGCGGCACUCGGGGGAGCCCAGCUACUACUGCAAGGUGUGCGGGAAACUGUUCACCACGUCCGGCAACUUGAAGAGGCACCAACUGGUCCACAGCGGGGAAAAACCCUACCAAUGCGAGUACUGCAACCGCCCCUUCUCUGACCCCACCUCCAAGAUGCGGCACCUGGAGACCCCACGACACCAACAAAGAGCACAAGUGCCCGCACUGCGACAAGAAGUUCAACCAGGUGGGUGGAGCCAGUGCCGCCUUAUCCGGGGCUCUAUGUGGGGCUCCUCUUCUGUUUUCUCAGCUCUGCUUUUUCUUCUUGUCCAGCUGGGGAACCUGAAAGCUCACCUGAAGAUCCACGUCGCUGACGGACCUCUAAAAUGCCGGGAGUGUGGGAAACAGUUCACCACCUCAGGAAACCUGAAGAGAGACAUCUGCGCAUUCACAGUGGGGGAGAAACCUUAUGUGUGCGUCCAUUGCAAGAGGAAGUUUGCUGACCCCGGAGCUCUACAGAGACACGUCCGAACUCACACCGGAGAGAAGCCGUGUCUGUGUGUGAUUUGUGGGAAGGCGUUCACACAGGCCAGCUCACUCAUCGCUCAUGUCCGGCAGCACACGGGAGAGAAGCCGUAUGUCUGUGAGCGCUGCGGUAAGAGGUUCGUUCAGUCCAGUCAGUUGGCCAAUCACAUCCGUCACCACGACAACAUCCGGCCGCACAAGUGUAGCGUCUGUAACAAGGCCUUCGUCAAUGUGGGCGACCUGACCAAACACGUCAUCAUCCACACGGGUGAGCGGAUGGGCGCAGCGCUUCGUGUGGGCGGGGCCAUGGCAAUGUGUGCUGACAAUGGAACGAUUUGA